AUGACGACAGCAACGACGCGGGACGUUGAAGAAACCGAAACCGAAGCAUUAGGACCAAGAAUUCCCAUGGCGGAAGAGCAAAUCAAGGCCACGUCAGACACGGCAAACCCUUCAGGCGGCUCGCUUCGCUUCAAAAUCGGAAACUGGCUUCACUCUGUCUCCGUCAGCAACUCUCCUGAGCACCCUGAGAAUUCACCUGGACUCUGGCACCGUUUCAAGCACGGUCACAGCAUGCAUGAUCACAGCACGCAGCACAGCAGCAUGCAGCACGGCAGUAUGCAGCACAGCAGCAUGCAGCACCAUGAGUCUCCUGCUGCGGCCGCCUUUCCCCCCAGGGGGGGCUCCAGUGCUGUUCACAGCAUGGCGAGCAGUCGGAACAGGCCGAUUGGUGGGGGGAUUGCGGAGGAGCAUUCGGAGGAGUGUGGGGAGGAGGGGGGCGAGGGGGGCGUGGGGGCAGGGGGCGAUUGGGAGCAGCCUGGGCAGGAGGAAACAGUGGCGCCUUUUGAGAGACGAUUCGUUGAGCUCAGGGCCCUGGAGCUGCUGAGCUGGCUGGUGCCCGCGUAUUUCUUUGGAACCCUCCUUACGACCUUCAUUCUCUUCAUCCUCAUCACCUUGUGGUGGCCUGAAUACCACGACCUCCUCACAGGCAAGGGCAUCAACGUGGUCUUCAACUCGGCCUUCCAGUCCGUGUCUGCAUUCGCCAACGCAGGGUUCGGACUAAUGGACGAGAACCUCAUUCCCUUCCAGCGCAACGUGCCCUACCUGCUGGUCGUGGCCGUGCUGAUCCUAGUAGGCAACACCAUGUACGCCCCCAUGCUCCGUGGCGUGCUGGCGCUGCUGCACAGCACGAGCAGGAAGGACAGCAGCCGAUGGCACAUAACGCGGUAUCUAAUGGACCAUCCGCGCAAGUGCUACACGCAGCUCUUCCCACACACGCAGACGCUCUGGCUGCUGCUCACCAUUGUCGCUUUCAACACCACUCAGGCUUUCUUCAUCAUGGUUCUCAACUGGAACACCCAGGCCUUUGAAGGUCUCGGAGGCGGGUACCAGUUCUUUGACAGCUGGAUGCAGUCCGUGAGCACACGCAAUGCAGGCUACUCCAUUGUCAACAUCUCCUACCUCACUGCCGCCACCAACUUCCUCUUUUGUGGUUUCAUGUACGUGGCAGUCUACCCGGUGUUUCUCACGCGUCAAUCCUCCCGAGAGCAGCGAGACGUGCACGACAGCGACGACCUAGCAGUGUUUGCAGAGGACCUGCACGGGGGCGUGCUCGACUCCUCCGUGCUGGCGCAGGGCCGGCACCUGGUGGCACAGGACUCGGUGUACCUGUUUGUCUCCAUCUUCCUCAUCUGUGUCAUCCAGAAUGGAGAAUUCAAUUCUGACCCCGCCAACUGGACCGUCUUCAAAGUGAUCUUCGAGAUUAUCAGUGCCUACGGCAACGUGGGACUGUCUCUGGGAAACAGCUGCCCCACCAGCAACCCCGAUUGCACUGACGCUCCGCCCUACAGCUUCUCAGGCUCGUGGUCGGUACUCUCUAAGUUAUUAGUCAUCCUCGUGAUGCUUCUCGGGCGGCACAGAGGGCUACCAGACAACAUUGACGCCGCCAUUGUCAUUCCGCCGCCCAAGCAAUUCCAGCGCCAGCCUCGACAGCAAAUCAAAGAGGAUCCGGCUGUCCUGCUCACACGCGCGCUCACAAUGACCAAGUCUCAGCCCAGCUCUCUCAUGCGCCGCCUCUCCUC